AUGGAACGUUCGACUUCGUUGUCAAGAGAAGAGGAAUCCCCAGGAACGGCUCGGCAGAUCAAUGGCUUCUUCCGUAAUCAAGCUGGGUCCUUCUUCCGCAGCACGUCACGCAUCGGUGCUCCAAAUACGAGAUCUACUUCUUCUUCUAAGAUACGAGCACCACGGAUAGGACUCUGUAUGUUCUCUGGUGAAAGGACCGAACGUCUUCGACCAUUGCAGAGUGAUUACGCAGCUAGAUAUAGGAGACCCCCGCCAGUUGGUCCUUCAAGCAUUGAAUUAGCUGAAGCUGGGCUAUCGGGACCGCACGUUCAAGUUCAAGGACGUCAGAAUUCCUCACAUCGCAGCCGGUUACAGACCAGCGCAGGAGUUACACUGGCCAAUUCUGGAGCACAGGCAAGACGAAAACAUGCCGAUGAGUCAAAACGGGAACGCUUCUGCGGCGGACCUAGGAUGAGAUCCAAGGAAGCGAGGAAGAAGGUUGUUGAUUGCGCCUUGGCUGGAUUUCUUCUGAUGAUCAUUUUCGUAAUAUAUCUUGCAUUAUCCCUCUCUAAUACCAUCGACAAGCGCGAAUUCCACAUUGUGUUCAUACUAGCUCUCAUAAUUCUCGUGAUAUAUUUCUGCCACUCCUUUAUCCGCUUCUUCAUGCUGGCAUGGCGGUCACCCCCGGCACAUCCUCCUUCCGCUGCACCAAAAGCAGUCAGCACACGUGAAUACGUCCAGCCCGAUCAGCCAAUACCUGUAAUUCUAGCUCGAGAUGAGGAGAUCGUGGCGGAAGUGGAUGCGGACAACCACAUCGGCCGCAACGGCAACUUGAGUGGUCUGCCUCCACCACCCCCGGCUUAUGGCCUCUGGAGGAACAGUGUGAGAAUAAACCCGAACCUCGUCCACUGGCGGCGACGUGAGCCAACCGGUCCGCAACCAGGAAACACUGAAAGCGAGGGUCUCAAUAACGGACCCCAUCGGCCCCCGAGCUAUAUUUCGGACGAUGGCGUUCAUUACGUCGUUGACAUACAGCCACAGUCGCGCCUGCGCGCUCCUGACGAAUCAGACGUUCAUCCUGCAGAGCGAUUGGGACAGAAGCAGUAA